GUGGCUUCAGACCAGCUCUCCCCAGCGGCACCAGUCAGGACAGCUGUCGGCGCUGAGCACUUACAGCACAAGAAACACACUUAGGGAGGCCCUGCCGGACAGUAGCACCCAGCGUGCUUGGAUUGCGGUCGAGUGAGCCACUCCAGACACAGCCCUCCCCAUCUACCAGUGGUCUGCAACAGAACAGCGAGCGCUGAGCGCUCGCCACUCGUGCUUUUCCAUCUCACACAUACUUUUGAUCCAGUAAGCACACACACUCUGAAACGGCACCGACGCAGCUUCAUCAACCAUGUCGCACGGACAAUCGCGUCGCUGCUUCAGGCUUCCAUGGCUCCUCGCGCUCGCCCCGCUGGCCGCGCUGGCACCCAACCCCGUCAGCGCAUUCAACAUCACCCUCGAGACAUUCUCCUGCUCAGCCAUGUCCUGGACUCUCGAAGUAACCCAAUUCGAGAAGACCAACGCAGCCUCGGUCGGCUUCUUCGUCAGCCGGGCAGGCGAUGGUCUUCUCUACUACAAAGAGACGCCCCUCAGACAGUUGAAUUGGGACGCGACCGGCUUGACAACGUCAGUGGUUUCGACAUUUGGCAACAGCCUUACCGGAAUCGUCUCGAAGUCAAAGCCUAUCGGUGCCUUCCUCGUCCCUUAUGCCAACUCGGUACAGGCGACUCCUGACAAUCUCUACUUCCUCGACGACCCAUCCAACUCGACCUCUUACGCGCGCUACUAUCAGGACCAGAUAGUCAAUUGUCCCAACGGGGCGACGGCGACUAGUGCAAGCUCAAGCUCGAGCACGACGCAGUCCUCAACAAGUAGCAGCACCACCACUCCCGCAUCUCCCACUGUGGCGCAGACAAGCGCAAGCAGCACAUCGCCGGCGCAGACGACCAGCACCCUCUUUGGCAGUGGCAACGCGACUGCGGCCGCGAGCGCAGGGCAGCAGAAGAGCAGUUCCGGCACAAACGUCGGCGCCGUCGCCGGCGCCAUCGCAAGCAGCAUCGCAGCCACAGCCAUUGCUGCCAUCGCGGUAUUUCUGCUGUGCCGCCGCAAGCGCCGCGCCAACUCCUUUGUCGCGGGUGCCGGCGGCGGCGCGGCGUGGGGCAAGGACGACGACCACCGCCUCCGGCAGGAGGUCGACGGCUGGCGCGAUCCCGGCAGCGGAGUGCUCGGCGGCAGCUUUGCCGUAUCCGCCCGGAUGCCCGACGUCGCUAGCCGGCCCAUGUCCGUUCCUGUUGGUGCAGGCGCAGAGGAUGCGUACAUUGGCGCAGCGGCGGCCGCACAGCAUCCCUCUGGGUAUCCCCACUCGGCAUCGUCCCUGCCAUCUAUGCUGUACGACAUGCGGCACCUAACUGCACAGGCGCAGUCGCCAUCACAGUCGUUGGCGUCGUACCCAGUCAACAUGAACGUGUCGCCACCCGGCUUCCCGUACGCAGGGCCAGUGCCGUAUCAGCCGGGGAUGAUGCACCAGCCGCAGCAACAGCAGCUGCAAGCGGACCCAUUCGCCACACCCCACGUACAAAUCGACAUGCCUCACGCGCCCGCGUUCGGCACAGCGUUGCAACAGGAGCGGCCCUUUAGUGAGAAGGAAGGGUAUAACGUCGCCUCGGCGGACUUUGACACCAACUUUAACGUCCCGCACGACGACCCGGCGCCGCCUUACCGCAGCGCGAGCAUGCGCAGCGUCGCAUCUGCGAUGAGAGGCGCUGCUGGUACUGCCACCGCCGCUGCUGGCGCUGGCGCAUCUGCCGGGCAGAGCACCCGAGGGGCGUACCCUCCACGCGUCCGCGCGGCGUCUGCCUGCAGGUCCGGCGGCCGCAGCGGCCGCGCGCAGGGAAGCGGAUUCGACAAUGGCACCGGCCUGACUUCGCCGUUCCCGGGUGGGCAGCAAGCGGCGCGGCGCGCGAGCGGCGAUGGCUCGCGCCCUAGCUCCGCGUCCGGCCCCGGCGCCGGGAACAUGCGCAUGCGCAAGGACAGCAACACGUCGCUCCACUCGAACGCGAGCGAACGCUCGUAUAGCGUCAUGCGCAAGCCUGUUCCGCGCAUCACGAGCGACGAGCUGAACGAACUGGAGCAGUCUGCUGCUGCUGCCAGCGGCACGGCCGGUGCGCCGCGCCUAGGCAGCGGCUUGGACCUGAGUCCCGGCCUCGAGACUGUGCUGCGCCUCGGCACCUUUGCGAACUCGGUGCCUGCAACCGAGCAGGGACAGCAAUCACAGUCACAGCCGCACAGCAGGGCCCUACCUGUGCCGUCUAAAUCACCCAGUGCGAGCCAGCGGUCUUCCUUGCCCGGUGCAACCCCUGGACGCCUCGAAGGUGCGUGCGGCGGGCUGAUUUGAAUGGAUCGCCGCAGCAUUGCGUUCAUCCCACCACCUGCUGGUCGGGUGGCAGUGUCUGCAGGCAGUGCCGGCGGGUCUCGCCGCAUCCUGCAGCCAAUUCAAGAAGACAUUUUGGUUGUUUUGUGGUUGCCGCAUCUCGGAUGGAAACAAUGCCCGGCGCACGGCCAUCCUCGUCGCCGCGUCCCCACGGCCCUUUCGGUGUCUCGCACGCCUUGCUUCCACCACCCUCUUUCCGAUCUAGGCUUUCAUUCGAUUCUCCAGCUACCUUGUCUCCUUCGACCGCGCAUGUUGGGCCCGCCAGCUCGCACUCCAGCGAGCGGUGCAAUGGCCCUGCUUCGGCUUCGUGGGGACAAGUGGCACAUCAUUUGGGCUUUCCAUUUCCUCGUCAUCCACUCCCAAUACUUCCUUUUGUUUACUGAAUCGCCAUGGGCUUGCGCGACGCUGUAUUGUAUAUCUACUUUCCCUUCAUUCGCCGCCGUGUUCAGAAGGCAUGCCG